UUGCAUACUUAUCGCAAACAGAGCAGCAGUGUAAAAUUAUAUCACGAAUCGUUUACCUUCCAUGGAUUGGGAGUAAUUAAUAACUCAAAUUAAUUAUUGAACUGGUUGAGAUAAUUUUUCAGGAAUAAAAUUGACCUGCGCUGAAACAUAUUUGAUUGUGCAAAAAAAACUAUUCGAGAUGGCAGGAAAAGAGAGACGCUUGAUGCAUAUUAUUUUCAAACAUUUCUUCAGAUCUAUCACACCUAAAAUUCCUAAACAUAAUCUCGUCGGUGAAGAUUAUAUGGGCACAAAGUAUUACGAAGUCACGAAUUUGAAGGAAUCAAUUCACAAGAAAAGUAAUCGCUACUUUGUUCCGAAAGAGAAGAAUAACUUUGAACAGGAUUUACCCGCUGAAUGGGAAGCUUGGCUGCGAAAACGUCGAACGGAUCCUCCAACUGAAGCCGAGGUGAUGGAAAAUUACGAAAUGAUAUUGACCAAAAGGCAAAAUGCAGCUGAAUUGGAAAUUACUUAUCAAAGAGAAGAAGGACUUCAGCCUCAUGAUCCUAAUGCCAAACCAUUAGAUCAACAUGCCUCUAUAAAUUUCCCAACUUAUGAUGAAUAUAAGCAAUUUGGUCGUGAUUAUAAACCCAAUUGGAAAAAGAAUAAGUCAUAAAAUAAUAAUUUUCGACAAAGAAAUUGUAAAAAAUUAUUUUUAUUGAUAGUUGAGGUAACUUUUUUGUAAAUAUAGGAUUUAAAUGAAUGUUACAAACUGUAAAUAAAGCAAAUACUUUUUUAUUAGUAUGUUAUUGAACCAAUUGAAAGUUAUAAAUAAAGAUGUAAUUUUAAAUUGUUGAAAAAACAUUUAGUUUUAUUUAAUAUCUAGACUUAUAAUCUAAGAAAAGAUAUGUAUAUUCAAAAACUUACAAAGUUGUAAAUCUUUAUAUGUAGGCAACUAGUAUCAAUCACAAGUUCUUUUAUAAAUAUUACUAUCGAUAUACGUAUACAUUUAUACAUUAUGUUGUGUUAAAGUAAAGUGUCCAAUGAUAAUUGUUUUUUGAAAUAGUUUUGAUGGAAAAAUUGGGUUAUGCAGUUUGUGGAUGAUAUAUUAUGUAAUAAUAUUCAUAAGUCUUGGAUAUAUUAUUAAGAUUUUGAAAUUCAGAUUAUAUUCAAAUGACAGUUGCAAUUUCAGUCUUGAUAUUAUCUGGUCAAGCUAAGUAUCUACCUACGUAAUCUAAAUAUUUACCAUUAAAAACAUUAUUUAAAUUUUUAGGUAUUGAAAUUUUACCCAAAUUACAUAUAUUGCUUUUCUUAUUAUUCAAGUGAUGAUCAUUAAAUGUUUUAAAUUGUAAUAUAAAUUCUAUCAAACUACUUAUAAAUUAAUGGAUUAUGCAAGAUAUUUAAAUCAUCUGAACAAUCAAAAAUUUACGUUAGAUAUGAUAUCCCAAGAAUAUAUGUACCAAUGUUACUACAAUUUAGAAUUUUCAUUUAAAGUUUUUUUACUAAUUUUGAGAUUUCAAAAAUUCUUGUUUUUUAAUA